UCUUCUUCUUCUUCUUCUUCUUCUUGUACACAGAUCUUGAGCUUGAUCUUCAUUGUUUUUUCCAAUUUGGGUUUACUUAAUUUCAACUUUUUGCUUUGCCUUUUCUGAAAUUGAAGCUUUAUUGAUUGGAUCGAGAAAGGAGAUUGAUUAUCUGAGAAAAAAAAAGUGUGGAAAGAGAAGAACCCAGUAAAGGGUUUGGCACACUGAAGAAGAAGCUUAAAAGCUCUUUUUUCCCCUUUUAUUACAGGUUUUUGAGUCAUUUGAGAAGCUUUUGAAUUCUGAGUUUUGGGUUUUGGGUUUUGGAAUAUGGGUCUUGCUGUUUUUUUCUGAAUUCAGCUUCACCAGAUUGGCUCAGAAGGCUUUAUAGGGAAGAGAGAGAGAGAGAGGGAGAGAAAGGGAGAAGAAAAGAUUGAACUUUAAAAGUCUGAUCAUAGACAAAGAAAUUAGUGUUUGAAGCCCCAUGAAUUGGAUGUGCAAUUGAUGUUGGUUUAGUUCAGACUAGCACUGUUUUGAAAAAGGGUUGACUGAUAAUAGAAAGGCAUCGAUCUUUUGAGAUUACUGACAUGGGGUGUCAAUGCUCCAAACUGAAUCCAUGCUGCUGGGAUUCACAAUUCAAAGCAGCUGUACUUGAAGCUCCAGACGUGGAGAAUGAGGGGAAUAGUGAGGUUGAUGAUAUACCGGCAUUUCGCGAAUUCACGUUCGAGCAGCUAAAAAAUGCAACAUCCGGUUUUGCAGUGGAGAAUAUUGUAUCUGAGCAUGGUGAGAAGGCACCAAAUGUUGUCUACAAGGGGAAACUGGAGAAUCAAAGGAGAAUUGCUGUCAAACGCUUUAAUAGAAUGGCUUGGCCUGAUGCCCGGCAAUUUCUGGAAGAAGCAAGAUCAGUUGGUCAGCUCCGCAACCAGAGAUUGGCAAAUUUGCUUGGCUGUUGUUAUGAAGAGGACGAGAGGUUGCUUGUUGCGGAAUUUAUGCCCAAUGAAACACUUGCAAAACAUCUUUUUCACUGGGACAAACAGCCCAUGAAAUGGCCAAUGCGAUUGAGGGUUGUUCUACAUCUUGCACAAGCUUUGGAGUACUGCACAAACAAAGGACGGGGCCUUUAUCAUGACCUUAAUGCUUAUAGAGUUUUAUUUGAUGAGGAUGGAAAUCCUAGACUUUCUAGCUUUGGCCUGAUGAAAAAUAGUAGGGAUGGGAAAAGUUAUAGUACAAAUCUGGCGUUUACUCCUCCUGAAUACCUGAGAACUGGGAGAGUGACACCUGAAAGUGUAAUAUACAGCUUCGGUACUCUCUUGCUUGAUCUUCUCAGUGGAAAACACAUCCCCCCCAGCCAUGCUCUUGACCUUAUACGAGACAGAAAUCUUCAGAUGCUAACAGAUUCUUGCUUGGAAGGGCAGUUUUCUGAUAAUGAUGGUACAGAAUUAGUACGAUUGGCAUCGCGAUGUUUACAGUAUGAACCCCGAGAACGGCCAAAUCCAAAGUCACUAGUUACUGCAUUGACUCCUCUUCAGAAAGAAACUGAGGUUCCUUCCUAUGUCUUGAUGGGUAUUCCGCAUAGUGGCUCAUGCUCUCCACUUUCACCACUCGGCGAGGCUUCCUCAAGAGGGGACUUGACUGCUAUACAUGAGGUCUUAGAGAAGAUUAGCUAUAAAGAUGAUGAAGGGGUGGCAAACGAGCUCUCAUUCCAAAUGUGGACCGACCAAAUGCAGGAAACUCUAAAUUCAAAGAAAAAGGGUGACGUUGCAUUUAAGCAAAAGGAUUUCGGAAUGGCUAUCGAGUGUUAUUCACAGUUCAUUGAUGUUGGAACCAUGGUCUCUCCAACUGUUUAUGCACGGCGUAGCUUGUCUUAUCUCAUGAAUGACAUGCCUCAAGAAGCUCUGAAUGAUGCGAUGCAAGCUCAGGUUGUUUCGCCUGUGUGGUACGUUGCUUCCUAUCUGCAGGCAGCUGCCCUCAAUGCACUUGGAAUGGAAAACGAAGCGCAGGCAGCGCUGAAGGAGGGCUCGACUCUUGAGGCGAAGAGGAAUGCUACUGCCGGCCAGAAGUGAGAAUACCGGGGGGGUUCAAAUGGUUUUUGUCUUCCACAAAGGCGGACAAUGCAUCAUUUGAUUCCAUUCAAAUGCCAUAGAAAAGCAAUUCUUCUGGUGCUACGACAGCAUCAACUGGCUUGAAGAGUCCUCGGAGAGAACAAUUUUUAAAAGCAGUGUGGAUUUUUUCCAUUUUUCUAGUGGGCUUUAUUCUAUUUAAUUUUGUUAUUAUUAUUUUUAUUUGCUUAUUCUUUGUUCGAUUUGAUUUCUUAUGUAUGUGAGGAUACCAUAAAUGCAUUUUUUGAAAAUAAAAAAGAACAGAAGGAAAAAAAUGUAUGACAAUGAGCUGAAGUUGAAAAGUCGUCCACAAGCUUGUAAUUUGUGUACAGAUGCUACGCAUGAUUUUCUUUGCUAUGCUAUUGCCUUUUUUCACUAUUAUCGGUUGAUC